AUGCAGACAGGAGCGAACUCCCAGGUAACUGUGGCCGGGGCCCGCAGGGGACGGGAGGCGGUGCCCCGGCGCUGUUCCCCGGGAACUGGCCUGGGCCGCUUCGUGCUCGAGGCGAAAGCAGUCGGAAAGUCAAGGAAACCCAGCCUGAGCCUGCAGCCGGGCUGCUCCCGCGCCUGCUGCCGAGAGCUGAUGGCGUUUCCGCUGCUGAGCUCAUGUUCCGUGGCUGGUAUUCCAUGUGUAAAGAAGUGGUAUUUUGCGAGUCAUGUCAUAUGCAGUUAUUAUCAGUUCUGCAGUUCUGACUGGGAGGAAAUAAAUUUUGACACACAGAGAAAUGAAGACUCUCUCCAAACAAGUAUUGACGAAUGCUUGGGAGUCAGACAAAAUUUUGAAGAAGAUGACAAUAACAGUAGAGAGUCCCUGUCUAUGACUGACAUCUAUGAGGAAGCUGCAGAAAGCCUGCAUCAGUUAGCUGACAAACUGCCUGCCCCAGGCAGAGCAAUGGUUGAUGUAAUACUGCAAGCUGUUGAACAAGAUGGACCCAAGUUAAAAGACUGCUUACCUGCUAUUGGUGCCCUGAAACACCUGAGAGAAUGGCACUCGGCGCAAAUCUCCAUGGCAGCGAAUGACUCCAAAGGUAGUUGGCAAAAGAUUGCAGACUAUCUAUCAGCAGACUUUGUAUCCUCAGAUAAUAUCAUGAAUGUUAUUGAUUUGAAAGAACUGUGGAGAGGAAAGAUUCAGAUAUGGGAAAGAAAGUUUGGAUCAGAAGUUAGGUUUCCAGAAUUUUGUAUGAAGAGCCCUUCAGCAAAGACAUUCAGCACUUCACAUUUAAGUUCUUGCUUUGCCGUUAAAAAAGGGCGACAACCGAGGAAUACUGAUGCUUUGCCAGAGGUUUUUCAUUACUACGGUCCUGCACUAGAAUUUUUACAGUUGGUGGUGCUCUCUGAUCUGCCCUCCUGUUUUAUAUCAGAUCUGGAAUUCGAGCUGUGCAAAAUCUGUGACAAGGUAGGAGCUUUAUUUACAUUACCAUGUAAUGUAAGCAGUGUAGUGAUCCCAUCCCCUGCCCAGCUGAGUACCAAGAAAUGGAAGGAAUAUAUGGCUAAGAAACCAAAGGUCAUUACUGUUCCAGAAAUUGAACUGAAAGGAGAAUCUUGCCGAUAUUAUUUCUUGCUACAAGGCAAUGGCUCUGGAGGAUGUAAAGCAACCUUGAUUCAUGCAGCUAGCCAGAUCAAUGGUACAGCCGCUCUUGCUGCAGUAAAUAGAAAGCUAAAGACAAAAGAAGAAGAAACAGAAUCAGGCUUUCGUAUUGCUGACUUUAUCAAGUCUCUGCCACAUUUUUGUGGAGAGGAGAUUGUACAGAAAGAAAAGCAACUGUGUCGUCUCCAAGUGUUUGCCUUGAAGGAAUAUCUCAAGAGAAAGGAAUUGACCGGGCAGCCUCCAGUUAUUUCUACUGAGGAGUUCAAAAACAUGUUAGAACUUACAAGAGAAUGUUUUUUGGACCUGUGCAACACCAGUCUUCCUAAACCUGUUCUAGAGAAGGUUGCCAGUGAAACUAGGGUUAUCCAUCAUAUAUUCCUUACAGAAUCUGAUUUAAUGGAGCUAGAUCCAAUGGAGUGGCCAGAAAGACAUGUUCUUCAGAAUUUGGAAAACUCUGAAAAAAGCAAACAAAAAAUGAGAGUUUCUAUGUUUGCACAGUCAUCUGAGCAACUGCUGGGGCAUGAAGAUAGCCAGAGGGAGUCACUGACGUUGCUCGAUGCUAAAGAAUUACUGAAAUAUUUCACACCAGAGGGGCUACCAGUUGGUGAUCUUCAGCCACUACAAAUUCCCAAACGUGAAAACGCAUUCCUUUUGACACCAGAGCUUACUCCUCAGCAACUCAGAGAUUUGCCGUUUGAAAAAGCAGCUGGAUGCCAUUAUCAUGGACUUGAAUUCUGUCUAGAUAACGGAAGAGCUUUAGAGAGAGAUGUGGGAUAUGCUGAACUUCAAACUCGUCUUAUUCGUUAUGAAACUCAGACUACUUGCACCAAAGAGUGCUGCCCUGUGCCGUUUGUCUUGAGCCCUCUCCCGUCUCCUGCAGUCUUGUCAGAGCCUGGAAGUGUCCCUGAUGGAGAGUCUUUACAAAGGGAAUUCAAAACAGAGGCAUCAAGGCUAAAACGCAGAGCAAAAGACUUGGAUUGCUUUCAUCCCAAGAAAAGGCUAACCAAAUCUGAGAGUACAGAUUCCCUCCUCUCUCAGGCAAGUGGAAGUAGUGGGAGUCACUACACAGCUGUGGUAAUGAGGAAGUGCACUGAGAGAUCAGUUUCUUUAGCUUCGAUGCCAUUGAAACAGGCUGGUCAGCCCCACAAAGUAAUCACUAAGGCUGGAUCAGCAAGUCACAGAAGUGCAACUGAAUCUGAGACUUCAAAGCCAGCCAAGGAAUCGAGGUCUCAGAAACAUACAAGGAUGCUGAAGGAGGUGGUUGCUAAGACUCUUCAAAAACAGGGAAUUGCAAAGGAUCACAAGUGCUUUGCAUCGUGCAGCCAGCGUCUAUUUGAGAUAUCAAAGUUCUACUUAAAGGAUCUUAAAACUUCUAGAGGACUUCUUGAUGAGAUGAAGAAAACAGCAUAUAACAAUGCUAAACAGGUGAUUGAAUGGGUUUUGGAGAAGACUGGCAAGUAG